AUGGGGAUCCCGAAACAGAUGGAUGCUCCCCGGAUUUUUUUCUUUUAUAACAAGAAAGUGAUUGAAGUUGCAGAACGAGCAGUUUCAGAGUUGCAAGCCUUCAUCCUCCGAAUUCCUUUCCCUCGUGUAUUGGAUGAUGAAAAUCAUGUGAAAAUCAAUAUACUAUGUUUGAUCUCCUUGCUUGUGUUUCCUGCUUUAGCUAUUCCACUGAGAAGAUGGAAGUCUUUGGAUUCGAUAAAAGAGCUGAAUCUCAAAGGGCCAUACCUUGGUCUAUUCACAGUCUAUGCCCCUGAAGAGGAAGCCUUCUUCGCGACUGGCGCGUUUAAGCCUGAUCCAAGACAUCCAUUUGUGGAUCUCUCAGGAAGGCGAUUCCGGGUGGGAAAGGUUGAUGGGAAGAAAGUCAUUUAUGUGAGAUGUGGAGUUGGAAUGGUGAAUGCUGCUGCAGCAACACAACAGAUGUUGGAUCUGUUUGACAUAAUUGGAGUGAUACAUUUCAGAAUCUCAGGCAAUGCCAACAAUUCCAUGUCCGUUGGAGAUGUCACCAUUCCGAAACAAUUUGCUCACACUGGCCUUUGGGAUUGGCUGAUACCUAAUGGAACAAUGGGAACUACUGAUGUUGCUCACUUGGACAUUGGAAGCUACAACAUGCCCAAAGGAGAUGGAAGUAAUUUUUUGGGACAUAUUGGCUAUAGCACUGAGCAAUUUUACUCCGAGUCCGGUACGCCUAACACAGCUCAAAGGUUGCUUUGGAUACAGAUAAGCGAGAACUGGCUUCGUUUAGCUUCCAGCUUGGAGGGAAUGGAACUAGAACAAUGCGUGAACUCAAGCCUGUGCCUUCCACAGAAGCCAAAGUUAGUAGUUGGACUUAAGGGCUCGAGUGCCAACAUCUUUGUGGACAAUGCAGCUUACAGGGACUUCCUUUUCCAAACGUUUCAGGUUUCGUCGCUUGAUAUGGAGAGUUCAGCUGUAGUAAUGACAUGCUUGUCAAAUGGCUUCCCGGUAAUCGUUAUUCGAGGAUUAUCAGACUUAGCACGGGGACAACCAGGGGAGAAUUCAAUUUAUAUCUUCGGAUCUCUAGCAGCUCUCAAUACUGCUAAAGCCGUUGUUCAGUUUGUCAAAACAUUACCAGGACAUGCUUCUCAAUACUGA